GUGAAUGACAUGGCCAUUGAAUCUCCUUUUGGAUUCGCACUCUUCUUCCCCUCCGGUCCAUUCUCCCCCAACCUGUUCAUCGGCGGGGUGCCUCGCUCCCAGUCAAACCUCCUCUACUCCGGGACCACCUGGGACGGGUUCAAGGGUCAACUGCAUGAUGUCAGGGUAAACGGCAGAGCUCUCGAUUUCUCAGAGAACCUUGCAGCGGAAGACGUCACGUUUGCCAGGGGAGACAAGGAUGAGGGGUCCCGUGGACAGAACGAGUGUGGCUAUCGCUUCAGUGGACACCCUUCAUAUGCAGAGUUUGAUAUAGGGAGGUUGCCAGACAACUUCUCACUGGGGUUCCAGCUGAGUGCA